AAUCCUCCCGCGGUUUUGUUCAGAGGGCACCCUGGGCCUUCGUAUCACUUUCUGUCCUUGAAUCCGUUCAUAACUGGCAUGACGUUCACGGGACGCGAAAGACAGGAAAGACAAGAAAGACGACGGUAUGGCGCUGCAGUCAUAAUCCUUGGUUGCAUUUCCCGGCCGACAAGUUCCUCACUUCGCUCACCGCCGCUCCAUACUCUGCGUCUCUGUCGAUCCCCUCGGCCCUGUCGAUUGAAUUACUUAGUUACUUGAGCUCGCAUCCAAAAAAACACCCUUCCGUAAACCUUGGAGUUUCAUAUAAAGGAACUUGAGUCUUGAAGGAAGAACAUCUCACUCUCCGGGGCCCAUGCAGUCAAUGGCUUCCUCUCACGAAGACACCAAAAUCGAUCUCGAGAAAGGAAUCACCGUCCAGCACCAUGACGAAGCCACUAACUCCUCCUCCUCCUCCAGGCGGUCUGGCGACAUACGGGAGCUCACGCGCCAGGAGUACGAACGUCUGUUCUUGGUCCCCGGAGGAAAUGCACCCACCGUUGGCCACCUCUCACACCAGUUCGGUAAUCCAACCCCUCUCGGCAUCAUCGCCUUCUGUCUGUGUUUAUUACCGACUUCUUGCAUUUUAAUGAACUGGGGGACUGCCGAUGCGACCUCCCUCAUCGCCCUGAUUGGCCCCUUCUAUUAUCUCGGUGGAGUGUGUAUGAUUAUCACUGGCAUCAUGGAAUGGAUCCUCGGUAACACCUUCCCCAUGGUUGUCUUCAUGACUUUCGCCGGUUUCUGGUUGAGUUUCGCUACCCUGAACGAUCCUCACCAUGGUGUCAUGGCCGCCUACGCUUCGAGUGGAGGGGCUAACUCUCCUGCUCUGAACGGAGCAAUUUUAUUCUAUCUUUGUGGAUGGGGCGUUGUGAUGAUCAUGUACUUCAUUGCAAGUUUGAGAACUAAUGCGGUCUUUGCGUUCAUGUUCUUCAAUGUCAUUCUUAUGCUUGUCUGUUUGGCUACUGCUUACGGCCGAAUGGCCCUUGGAGAUGGCACACUUGGUGUCACAUUCAUGAAGGCAGCUGGUGGUUUCGCAUUUGUGACAACUGCAGGAGGAUUCUACCUCGCCUUUACUAUGAUUUUCGGAUGCGUAGCGUUACCAUUCGACCUACCUGUAGGAGAUUUAUCCGAUUUGAUACCCAGCAAACCCAGACCCGGACCGUCCAAGAAAGACUCUUAACUUGGAUGAUCUUCGGAAAAGGUUGCUUCUAUUCUGCAUAUGUAUACAGUAUUGUAGAUUUUUGUAAUAGAUCCCGGUCUACGAAGCAAUGUUAUGAUGGUGGCCG